CCAUCUAAAAAUUCCAAAAUGGCGGAUCCCAUCACGGGCUGAUUCCGUUGGUGGAGCGCGCGCCGCUGUGUCCGCCCAGCGCCGGGCCCUCCCCGUGGCUUGUCGCAGCCCCGAGCGCCUGCUGCCGCCGCACAGGUUCACAUUCUGAAAACCAUUUGAAGAUUAUUCUGCCAUCCUAUUGGAUUACUUUGUUUACAGCACAGAAUGUUAUUCUGCCCUGGAUUUAAUUUGGUGUUUAUGAAUUAAUCCCCCUUCUCUGUAUGUCUAUGUAUUGGUGAAGCAUUGGAGUUCUGCAGGGCUGCUGUUGAUUGUGUGGAAACUGAUCCAUUUUGAAUCCCUUCCAAAAGACUAGACACUGCUAGCAAUGAGCUCCCAAAGCCAUCCAGGAACAACAUGAUCAACCCUAUCCCAGAGAGAGAUUCUCCUGUCAUGCAUCGAACAAAGAUUCCUACCUCUGGGUGCACUGCUAACCACGGGGAGAUGAACACCAAGACGUAAUGUGAUAGAAAUUAGAUUAGCAGAGUGGAUCCUACACCCGGAUCUAUUUUACUCCAUUGUAAGACAACUUCUUGGGCUGAUGAUGGAACUCUUUGCAUCUUGAAACAAUAAAUAAAGUGUCCUGUCCGCUCUCUGUGUCAGGACCCAGGAUGGAUGUUAAGUGGUGAAUGACCUCUUCUGAAGCUGGGCAAGAUGGACUUUCUGGUCGAGAUCAGCCAGUAGAGCUGUUAAAUCCACCUAGAGUGAACCAUAUGCCCAGUUCUGUUGAUGUGAACACAGCACUGCCCUUGCAAGUUGCACCAACUUCAGUCCCCAUGGAUCUCCGCUUGGACCACCAGUUUUCCAUGCCAGUGACGGAACCUACACUCCGAGAACAGCAGCUCCAGCAGGAACUCCUGGCUCUCAAACAAAAACAACAAAUUCAGAGACAAAUCCUUAUAGCCGAGUUCCAGAGGCAGCAUGAGCAGCUCUCCCGUCAGCAUGAGGCCCAGCUCCAUGAACAUAUAAAACAGCAACAGGAAAUGCUAGCAAUGAAACAUCAGCAGGAACUCUUGGAGCACCAGAGAAAGUUGGAGCAACAUCGACAGGAACAGGAGAUGGAGAAGCAGCAUAGAGAACAGAAACUACAACAGCUAAAAAACAAAGAGAAAGGAAAAGAAAGUGCAGUUGCAAGCACAGAAGUAAAAAUGAAAUUACAGGAGUUUGUCUUAAAUAAAAAGAAAGCUUUGGCACACCGGAAUCUCAACCAUUGCAUUUCCAAUGAUCCCCGCUUCUGGUAUGGGAAAACUCAGCACAGUUCUCUUGACCAGAGUUCUCCCCCCCAAAGUGGAAUAUCGGGCACCUACAAUCACCCUGUCCUGGGGAUGUACGAUUCCAAAGAUGACUUUCCACUCCGAAAAACAGCAUCUGAACCCAACCUGAAGUUACGAUCCAGAUUAAAGCAGAAAGUUGCUGAAAGACGGAGCAGUCCCCUGUUACGGAGGAAAGAUGGCCCAGUGGCUACUGCUCUUAAGAAGCGUCCCCUGGAUGUCACAGACUCUGCAUGCAACAGUGCUCCUGGAUCUGGUCCCAGUUCUCCAAACAACAGCUCUAAUAACAUAAGUGCUGAGAAUGGAAUUACAGGAUCAGUCACAAGUAUUCAAGCAGAGACCAGCCUGGCUCACAGACUAGCGAAUCGUGAAGGCUCAGUAACACAGCUUCCUCUCUACACAUCUCCUUCCUUGCCCAACAUAACGUUAGGACUGCCCGCAACUGGACCUGCCAGUGCGGGAUCAGGACAGCAAGAUGCCGAGAGACUUGCUAUUCCAACCCUACAACAGCGGCUUUCCUUAUUUCCUGGCACCCAUCUCACUCCUUACUUGAGCUCUACGACUUUGGAAAGGGAUGGGGGAACUUCACACAACUCUCUUCUGCAGCACAUGGUUUUACUGGAACAACCAACUGCACAAACUCCCUUAGUCACAGACUGGUAUCUUUCAGGCUUGGGGCCACUGCCCCUCCAUGCACAGUCUCUGGUUGGCGCAGAUCGGGUCUCCCCCUCAAUACACAAACUCCGACAACACCGCCCCUUGGGGCGCACGCAGUCUGCUCCCCUUCCCCAGAAUGCCCAGGCCCUCCAGCAGUUAGUGAUCCAGCAACAGCAUCAACAGUUCCUGGAGAAACACAAACAGCAAUUCCAGCAACAGCAGCUUCACAUUAACAAGAUGAUACCAAAACCGAAUGAACCAGCCCGCCAGCAUGAAAGCCACCCUGAGGAGACAGAAGAGGAGUUACGAGAACACCAAGCACUUCUGGAGGAGCCAUACAGUGACCGAGUGUCAAGCCAAAAGGAGGUGCAAGGGUUGGCCAGUAUGGUGCAGGUGAAACAAGAGCCCAUUGAGAGUGAUGAAGAGGAAACAGAGCCACCACUGGAACUAGAGCCAGGGCAGCGACAAGCCGAACAGGAGCUGCUAUUCCGUCAGCAAGCCCUUCUACUAGAGCAGCAGCGCAUUCACCAACUGAGAAACUACCAGGCAUCAAUGGAGGCAGCUGGCAUUCCAGUGUCUUUUGGAGGACAUCGGCCUCUGUCUCGUGCACAGUCCUCACCUGCAUCUGCCACCUUCCCCAUGUCCGUGCAGGAGCCACCCACUAAGCCAAGGUUCACAACAGGCCUUGUAUAUGACACCUUGAUGCUGAAACACCAGUGUACCUGCGGAAACACAAACAGCCACCCAGAGCAUGCAGGGAGAAUCCAGAGCAUCUGGUCCAGGCUUCAAGAGACAGGCCUCCGUGGCAAGUGUGAGUGUAUUCGUGGAAGAAAAGCAACUCUAGAAGAGCUACAGACAGUUCACUCGGAGGCGCACACGCUCCUGUAUGGCACAAACCCUUUGAACAGACAGAAACUGGACAGCAAGAAACUUCUAGGUUCUAUAACAUCAAUGUUUGUCAGGCUCCCUUGUGGUGGUGUUGGAGUUGACAGUGACACAAUUUGGAAUGAAGUUCAUUCGUCUGGUGCGGCUCGCCUGGCUGUGGGCUGUGUCAUUGAACUUGUUUUUAAAGUGGCCACAGGAGAAUUGAAGAAUGGAUUUGCUGUUGUUCGACCUCCAGGUCAUCAUGCUGAAGAGAGUACCCCCAUGGGGUUCUGCUAUUUUAAUUCUGUGGCAAUUGCAGCCAAGCUUCUCCAACAGAGACUCAACGUUAGCAAAAUCCUUAUAGUGGACUGGGACGUGCACCAUGGGAAUGGUACUCAGCAAGCUUUCUACAGUGAUCCUAACGUUCUUUAUAUUUCACUACAUCGCUAUGAUGAUGGAAACUUCUUCCCAGGCAGUGGAGCUCCUGAUGAGGUCGGCACAGGACCAGGUGUUGGUUUCAAUGUUAAUAUGGCGUUUACUGGUGGCCUCGAACCACCGAUGGGAGACACCGAAUAUUUGACUGCUUUCAGAACGGUAGUAAUGCCAAUUGCCAAUGAAUUUGCCCCAGAUGUUGUGCUGGUGUCAUCUGGUUUUGAUGCAGUGGAAGGCCAUCCUACGCCUCUUGGAGGAUAUAAUCUAUCAGCAAAAUGCUUUGGGUACCUGACGAAGCAGCUGAUGGGAUUGGCCGGAGGUCGAAUUGUUCUGGCCCUCGAAGGAGGUCAUGACCUGACAGCCAUUUGUGAUGCAUCUGAGGCAUGUGUUUCUGCUUUGCUGGGAAACGAGCUUGAACCUCUUCCAGAAAAAGUCUUGCAGCAGAGAGCAAAUGCCAAUGCAGUGCAUUCCAUGGAAAAAGUAAUUGAGAUACACAGCAAGUAUUGGCAUUCACUCCAGCGUUACUCCUCCACGGUGGGGUACUCCUUGAUCGAGGCACAGAAGUGUGAGACUGAAGAAGCAGAAACAGUAACAGCCAUGGCGUCUCUGUCAGUGGGUGUGAAGCCAGCUGACAAGAGACCAGAUGAUGAGCCCAUGGAAGAGGAGCCUCCCCUGUAGCAUUCACCUUUGAGCUGGAGUACUCCUGUUUGUUCGUCUUUGUCUUGAAGCUCUGCCAAGAAGCUUUCUCCUGUUACUCCUGCGUCCUGUCAUGGUUUUCUUACAGAAUACAGAAGGGACAACCAGGUGUAAAACACAGCAACAGAAAAAUCUCUCCAAAUAGAUAGAUAUACACAUAUACAGUAUAUACAGAAAAGGAAAAACGCUGGUGAAGAGCAGCAGUGUUGAUGACAAGCACGUAUGCUGGGCGCUCUUCCUCUGGUUCUCAAUGGAAGCCGUAAGGGGAACAAAGCCCAUGAAAGUCUUUGGCAAAGUUGUCAGUUUUUUUUCUGAAAAAAAUAAUUAAAUCAAAGAUUCAACAACACAAAAACAAACAAACUUCAUUUAAAACUGGUGCUUAAAGUUUGAUUACCCACAAUUCAGCAAUCUCCUUUUGAACCACUCAACUCAUCUUGUAGUUUUGUUUCUUGGAUUUUUUUUAAAAUGGCUCUCACCUAGCUGUGAGUCAGACAUUCUCUUCAAAACCAGAACAAUGCGAGAUGGUGUAUUUUUAAUGGGGAGGGUGGGGGAAAGAGGACUAGUCUAUAUAUAUAUAGUCUUAUAUAGACACACACACACACAUUGAAAAAAAUACAAAAAAAAAAAGAGGAAAUGGAGCUCAGAAGGAGUCGGCUUUAGUAACUCCAAAGCCAUCUGAAAAUGAGUUUGUGCCUUUUUUUUAAUUGAGCUGAUGGAUUUGGUGCAGCUGGAUAUUCUGAAGUUUGAGGAACAAUGCCUUAAGAAAAAGAACAGCAGCAGUUUGUCAACAUAUUUCCUCUGGGAAAGCCAAGAACUGUCAUCAGGAAGGAAGACUGGUUUGUGCUGGCAUGAUUACUGGAAGCAGGCAUCAGCUGGAUAGAGCAUCUCCAAAACUGUCUAAAGUUUCGAUUUUUUUGUUUUGUUUUAUUGCCAUGGGAAAAAAAUUAAGGUAGUUGCCAAGGAAGUGGCAAAUACUGUUGGAUCUUUGAAAUUCAAACAAUUUUGAAAACAAAUUUUCAAACAUUUUCUCUCUCAGACAUUAUGUAGAAAUUGAAUUUACCAAUCUGGUUGUUGAAGCAUGCAAUAGACACAACUGCAGUUUUAAGAUUGGAAUACUUUUCAUUAAAAGCAACUAGCAUGAGAUACUGCUUAAAUUGUUAGGUAUAAAUAUAUAUAUAUAUAUAUGUGUAUAAUGUAUAUUACAAAUGUAUUCCAAGCUUAGAAAUCUGAUUCUUAUGAAUUAUUGAUAAAUAUUUAUAAUGCAUUUAUAUAAAAUAAAUAUAUAUAAUAAAUGCAGACUAUAAAAGUAGCAAUUGAAAGGUCCCUAGUGAAAGAUUUAUUAAUUGGAAUUGGUGCUUUUGGAGAGGGAUCUAGUUUGAAACUUGAGCAUUUUCAGACUACAGUUUGGAAAGUUUUCAGACCACCAACACAUUAGCCACUGGGCAACUACCCUAAACAUUUGUAUUUUAAUUUAAGGUUUUCUAACAAAAAAUGAGUUUUUAAGCAAGGAUUAUGAAUUUGCUGUUAAUUUUUAUAUUGAUAUUUCACAAAAACCCUAAAGAAGCCUUGUUUGUGUGACUCUUACAUUUAUUUUACAUUUGGCAGUUGUUUUUCUGAACGGUAACAAUGUCAACAUUUUUCUUCCCUAAUUCCAUGCGUGUACAUUACUUUCUGUGGGGGCGGGGGUUAAGUCUUUUGUACAGUGAGCAGCUUUCCACAAGUGUAAGGAACUGUUGCAGGUUGCCAGAGUUUAUUUUCAGAAAGCGUGCAUUUAACUAAAAGAGGGGAAUCCAAUGGUCUCUUGUAUGAUACCAAUGAUUGUAUAUUUCCUCAGUUCUGUGAUAGAAGCUGUGUAAAGAAAAUAAGAGUUUUACCUUAAGCAUAGUAGUAUUACAAUGGGUGAUGUAUCAUAUCCUCCAUGUGGAUUGUGGCAAGGAUUAUAUAUGGCAUUAGUAGCUACCAUGUUGAAGGCUUGCCAGACACUAUUGAGGCAACUAGCAUUCACUCACACACACUAAGCAUCUUUCUGAACCACCAUUGUUAGAAUUGUAAUUUUAGUCCUCCAAAGAACUUUUUUUUUCAAAUUUAUUUUUAAGAUGAAGUCACUGUUGGGUGAGAGAGUUUAAUCUUCAGCUCCAUUGAUUUUUCCCUGUUGCCUUUCGGAGCUGGCCCUCAGUAUAAGCAGAUAAUCCUUGAGUUGUGGAGUUAGGUGACUAAAGGAGACCAAAUUGACACGUGUACCUUUUCAAAGAAGAGUAGGAGAGCACAGAUCCCUUAUCUGAACAACCAAGGGUAUUUUUAAUUUUUUUUUAUUAUUAUGACAACUGAUGGUCAUUUUAUUACUUAUUUUCCAGUUCUUGAAGUAGCUGUUUUUCAUUCCAUUCAGAACAUACUAAAUUCAGGCUUGUGGAAAGAAUUUGAAACAUACCAUGCAAGUGCAAGAGGGUUCUUUGCUUUGUUUUAUAAUGCAAUUUAAUAAACAGACACUACUGUAUUUGAGUUUUUGCUAACCCAAGUACAUUUAAAAUUAUGAAACGUUUUGGUUAUUAGAACUGUCUUCAGCAUAUUCUAACGGUAAGGUUUAUAUAUAAAAAUGCAAAAAAUGUGUAUGCAUUGUUUUUUUAAAUGACCACUUUGCUGCUGUGAUCUAAAACGUAAUUUGGCUGUGGAAUCCUGUGAUUUCAUAUUUUAAAUCAUUUACCCAUUCAUAAAUGUUGGCAAUAUCAACAUAUACAUGAUACCUUUUGUAUCCAGACCUUCGUAACCUUUUUAUUUUUCUUAAUUAACAAUUUUAGUAUCACUUGUAGAAAAUAUUUGUGUUCCUCUUUCCUUGUGAACAAUUGCUGACAGAUUGAGUUGAUUUCUUUUAAAUUAGAUGAUUGGCAAUAGCCUGAAAUAUUCAGUACCCUUGUCACUUUCAAGAUGCAUUGUUCAUUUAUUUCAAAUCAUUUCACUAAGUUAUUACCAGCAAUGGAAAGACUUACCAAGACUUUACAAGUCGUUCGUCUACUCCAAAGUCUAGAUCACUUGGAUUGGCUAAAACCUUACUUGCCUAAACCCACUCAACAGGCCACAUCUGGGUGCUCUGUGGCCUGUCUGACCUUGACUGUUACAGAUAGAAGGGAAAGGAGGUCCUCGUUUUGGAGACCACCAUUUUUUCACCCCUUGAGCUUUUGGCCUCUUCAUUUCAGUAGCCUUCUAAGAGAAUGUGGGUCAGUGAGCAUCCAGUCCUGAGGGGAAUGCUAGCAAACUCUCUGGAGUAGCCACCAAAGAGGUGCAUUGCAAAGAGAUUCAAUGAGCACUCAUUCCCUUUCCUUACUACUUCCCCUCCUGAACCCAAACAGGAUGCACUUCAGCUCCACCAGCAAGAGACCAGAAGUUGUGCAUCAUUUUGUAGCCAAGCCGUUGGGGUGGCCCAGUACAAUAAUAAUUUUUUUCUUUUGCCUGUUUGUUUGGAAACGAAGCAACAUCUUCAAAUUGUCUUACAGAGAAGCAAGUCCCAGUUUGCAGUACACAAUUGAUCAUUUUGUUUUUACUUUCAAUACAAAACAUUCCUUUAUUAGUCGCAGUCAUGCGUUCAUUCCAUUCUUCCUUUUUGUAACUUUUUGGGCCCACAUGUUUUAUGGGCAUUGAUAUAUAUAAAUAUAUAUAUAUAAAUAUAUAUGAAUAUAUUUUUUUAAGUUUCCUACACCUUGAGGUUGCAUGGUCUGUAAGGUUGGCAUGUCUUUAUAUUGUAUACAGAUUUUGCACGCCAAACUUGGCAGCUUUGAAAAAAAAUUCCCCUCUUGUGGGAUCAGCAGAGACAAAAGUUGAGGCAAUUUUCUGUCAAACACACACGCAGUAUGGAAGGAGAGUGGAGGUCGGGGGAAUUGCAUCUUACUGAACUGAAGAAAUUGUGCUUUUUAUUGUAAAGAGAUAAAUAAAAAGGACUACUUAAACAUUUCUCAUUUUAAGAAGAAAAAGUUUAUCUAGCACUUGUGACUUACCAAUAAUGGAGUUUAUUGUAUUUAUGUGGCAAACAGUGUUUUAGGGAAACUACACAGAACACGCAAAGUAAACUGCCUAUGUCAAUUUAAAACAAAAAUUUGGGUUUUUUCUUUUUGUUGAUUUUUGUUUUGUUUUCUCUGGGAGGGUGGGGAGUUGGGCGCGUCCCUUUGUUAACACAUCUAGUCACUCAUUCUGAGAAAAAAAGGAUGUAAGGCAUUAAGUCUUCAGCACAGCUGUGUUAACUUUUUUAAUGACUUUGAAAUGUCUCACUAGAUUUCACUUUAAACAGUCGUGUACUGUGCAAACACUGUGGUUUAAAAUAAGACUUUACAUCAAAAGGAAUAAAAAACAUUUCUUUGUGAUGAAGCUGGGCUUGUUCUCAGCUCUGCUUCAUGUACUUUGAUAUUGAUGAAAAAGUAUCCUAUUGAAAGAAAAUAAAUAAACACUUUUCUGUGCUCCAUAGUGGAGGCGCUAUUUUCCAAUUUAUGAGGAUGACAAACUUAUAUAUAUAAUAUAUAUAUAUAUAUAUAUAAAAAUAUAAAAAGGGGGGGAUGGGUUUGAUCAUUAUUCACCCAAGAGCUUAUUACAGAUAUGUAGUAUCAAAGUUGUAACUAUAUUAUAUUCUACUUUAUACCUAUACAUGCUCAGUAUGAUGUCACCAUUGGUAGCAGCUACCGUUUUACUCUGUAAUUUAGACACAAUUUCACUCUUAUUGUAUGGACCCUACUUUAAGUGAUGGUAGCAUUCUUUGUGCUAAAAUUUUCUAAUGGUCCUUUCUUUUACUUGGUGGAGUUGGAAUUUAUUUUUCUCAUUCUUGUUUUUGUUUUUGUUUUGUUUUGUUUUGUUUUUUUUUACUGGCCAAUGGUGUCUUUCUCUGACAGUACCAACUUCAAUUUCAACUUUAUUAGGAGUCCAGUAUUUUGUACCACAUUAUGACAACUUGUUAUUCUUGUGGUGUAAAUAAAGAGAAAAAGUUAAUUAUA